AUGUGCAAGGUACGGUGUUUCCUGGAGCCUGAGUGUGUCUCCUUUAACUUCGGACAACAAAAUGAUGGAUCACUUCUGUGUAAACUGAACAACAGAAGCCAUGCCCAAGUUCCUGAUGCGAUGCAGACAAGAAUUGGCUUUAUAUACCGGCCAGUAUUUGUAAGUACACUUCGCUACGAAAUUGUUUUCCGUUGAGAUAUAAUGAUGUUUGUUAGUCAGAAUAUUUCCCACUUUUCUUUCAGAAUUCUUGCCAAAGUAACCCCUGCUCAAGCCAUUCAACCUGUCGGCUAGGAUUCGGUGCCGAUGGAUACCAUUGUCUUUGCCCUGCAGGUUACCAUGGAAGAAAGUGUGAACUAGGUAUGGGUCUACUUAAUUCUACCUUAGCCUGCGAGCUGACUUCGCAUGGAGGCCCCUUGCUACCACCGGCCACUGGGAAGCUGGGGAGAGGGGGAAAGCUCGCCCUAAACGAAGAGAAAACUGGAAAGGGAGGACAGAGGAAGGUGCUCACUUUACUUGAGAAAACACUUCUUACAAUAGAGUUUGCUUGUAAGAUUUUCUCUGUGCACUACUGUGAUUGGUCGCUUAUUUUUGGCUAGCAUUUUGUGCAUGUUUUAAGUAUGAGUAUCAGAUUUUAAGAUUCUUGGCAUCAAUUAGAACGGCUGAGAUUCAUGGAUAUUUUGGCACAACUUGAGAAAAUGGCUUUUUUAGAAAACGUGACUCACGAAAAUAGCAUAGAGUUAUAUGAUGUAAACUGUCCAUAGAAAAAAAAAGAAAUUGUUGUAGUUCCGGGGGAUGCCUAUGGGUGUACUUCCUAUAUAAUGGCCCAUACGGGGAGGCUCCGCCCGAAAGGGGUACCGUUUUCAGGCUUUAGGUUUAUGAAAGGGUCAGUAAGUAUUUCACUAUUUGAAGAAUGUCAAAGGGUGGGAAAUCUGUCAUCGCGGUCUGUGAGACUCAGGGACUUAAAAGGCCUAAUAAGCGCAUUUUUGGUCGUGAAAAAAAAUACUAGAAAACUUGCUGGGUUAGUUGUUUAUUCAUAUUAAAAAGACGGUGAAAUUACAGCAGUUAAAAAGGAUGUAGUGUCCUUUACUCGUAUGUGAACGGGGUACCAUUUGCCAAUAAAAGUUAUACAAAAGGGGUAUCUUUUCUGUCAAUAAUGGUGUAUAAAACUAAGGGUAAGUAGUUGGACCUUGGGGCAGAGCGUCUCCGUGUAAAACUUUGUUGGAUGCCACUCAGGGAAAGAUGGUUCUGUCUUGUACUUCUGUCUUGUGUUAGUUUUCUAAGACACGUUGGAAGAAGACGGUACCGUUAGCCCAAUGAAUAGUUUUAUGUCCUCCGUCUCCAUCCACUUCCCUUCGUCCCGUGGUUCGUGUACCACGACCCGAGCGAAUUCUAGUCAGGCUCGCGUCAGUGCUGCUCGGAAAACACCUGCUGGUGAGGACAGUUUUUGGAGACAGUUGAGAGUUAAUGACCAACCCUCAAAUGCUGUAUACAGUAUGUUUGUCUUUGCAGAGGACCCUCCAACAGUGGUAAGUUGUGCCAGUUUCACCCAACUAGGACCAAGCAGCUAUGAAAUGGACGCUAACCAUGGUUCCUGGGCGGCGGAUGGCUUCUGUCGUGUGAUUCGAAUGGAUGAGAUAAAUGCUGGAGACCCGUACACUAUAAAUGUUGACUUGUACAAUGUGAUCGCAUGGGACGGAGUAGAUUCCGGUCACCUUGGAGUUAUGUAUAACGCUGUGGACGAGGACAACUUUGAUGUUUUUUACUUUAGGUUAGUAACCUGUGAAAAAAUAUCGUUUCCCAUAGUUGUCAUUUUCAUUUGGAGGCCAAUCCAUCUUCAACGGGUGGGUCAGACUGCCUUUUCCCCCUUCAACAAAGAUAUCCUGGGGCCAUGCAGAAAGGAUACAUUCUCAACUUAUAUAGAGUCUUAGACCGUAAUGAAUUCGUGGCUAUAUUCUCUAUACUGUUAAAAAAAGAAACAUUUUUGUUGGAAAGCAAUUUUUGUUUGAAACUGUUCGCCGGUAGAGGAGUUCUCAUUUUGACGUUUUCACAAAUAAAGCAGCAUUUUAAAUGGUCCCCAUGUGAAGAGGGCACGAAAAGCCAAAAACUACUUACUCAAUCAUACAAAAGUGCUAAACUUAAGACAUCAAUUUUAAAGUUUAUAUUUCUGUUUUGCCUAGGCUGCACAAUACAGCACCGUGCUUCCAGUCUGGCUAUGUGCUAAACGGUAACUUUGUGGGAAGCAGUAACUCUCCUUGUCCCAAUGGCAAUCCACCUGGUAAAACCUGGUUUAAUGUCCUUGUGGAGGUCAGUUCAGAUGGCAGAGUUGAAAUUUUUCUUAACGGUGAUCUCGUGAAUUCACAGACUUCUCACUUUAACACAAAAGGUCGCGGUGGAGUAGUGGUCGCCAAUGGAUACCAAAAUGUAAUGAAAUUUAGGGACUUCCGCUUACACGGCAUGCCGUGA